CUGACUGUGAGAUUAAACUAUCACGCGCCUUACCACCAGCCAGAAGAUUUUCAGCUGUACAUCAGAAUUUAACAGAUUGGGCAAAAUGAACACAACUGAAGUCAACACAAUCAACUAUGCAGAUUACACUGACUAUCCAGAUGACGCCAGUCCCUGUAGCACUGACACCAGUCCAGUCAGAACGAUCAUCUACCAACCUGUUCUCUUCUACCUGGUGUUCACCUUGGGAUUGACAGGUAACAGCCUGGUGCUCUGGGUCCUCCUCAAGUACAUGAAACUCAAGACCAUGACAGAUAUCUGUCUGCUGAACCUGGCCCUAUCUGACCUGCUCCUUGUCCUCUCUCUGCCUCUUUGGGCCUACCAAGCCCAAGGCUACGAGUUUGAAGGGCACAGUCCAUGUAAGAUCAUGGCUGGGGUCUACCAGGUUGGCUUCUACAGCGGCAUCCUGUUCGUGACACUAAUGAGUGUGGAUCGUUACUUGGCCAUUGUUCACGCCGUGUCGUCAAUUAGAGCGAGGACAUUGCACUACGGAACACUUGCGAGCACUGUCAUCUGGGUAGCGUCCAUUGGUGCCAGCAUCCCUCAGGCCAUCUUCUCUGAGGUAGUGAGGGACGAUGAAGGCUUGACCUGCCGGCCACAUUACCCAGAGGGCACAGUGAGGACAUGGAAGUUGUUUCGGAACACAGUCGAAAAUGUCACCGGGCUCCUCCUGUGUCUGCCCAUCAUGACCUUUUGUUAUGUCAGCAUCCUCACUGUGCUCCAGAGGUCAAGGAACUCUAAGAAGGAAAGGGCCGUCAAACUGAUAUUCAUCAUUGUGGGUGCGUAUGUGGUCUUCUGGAUUCCUUACAAUAUUGUGGUGUUUCUCCAAACCCUUGAGAUCUUUGGUGUUGGGAGAAACUGUGAGGCUUCACAGAGGGCUUUUAUAGCUACAUGUGUGACGGAGACCAUUGCUCUAGUUCACUGCUGUGUCAAUCCAGUCAUCUAUGCUUUUGUAGGAGAGAAAUUCAGGAAGUGUUUGGGAACUGUGCUGUCUAGGUAUCCACUGUUCAAACAUUUCAGCAAGGACGCAAUGGUGACAAGCAAAGGAUCAGAAUACGAGACUUCUAACACGCAUGUGUGAUUGAACUGCUGAAAAUGGACAGAAGAAAUU